GGUCUUAAAUGAAGUGUGUUUUAUCUACAGGGACGACGAAAAAGGCAAGAGAAUGUGGAACAAGUACCUGGAGAGUGAGGACAGCAAAGUAGUCGAUCUGUUUGUUGGUCAGUUGAAAAGCACUCUGACGUGUAGCGAGUGUGGCUUCUGCUCAACAGUGUUUGAUCCAUUCUGGGAUCUGUCACUGCCUAUCGCUAAGACUUCAGGAGAAGUGAGUUUAAUAGAUUGCCUUCGACUUUUCACCAAGGAAGAUGUAUUAGAUGGGAAUGAGAGACCAACAUGCCACAGAUGUAAAACAAGACGGAAAUGCACAAAAAAAUUCACCAUUCAGAAAUUUCCAAAAAUCUUGGUGCUUCAUCUGAAGCGUUUCUCUGAGUGUCGAGUCAGAACCAGCAAACUCUCCACCUUUGUAAACUUCCCCCUCAAAGAGCUGGACCUCAGGGAAUUUGCCUCUGAUAACAGCGUAAAUGCAGUCUAUAAUUUGUAUGCUGUGUCCAAUCACACUGGUACGUCUUUGGGUGGCCAUUACACAGCAUAUUGCCGCAAUCCCUGCAUAGGAGAAUGGUACACGUACAAUGACUCCAGGUAAAUAGACAUAACAAUUUAGU